CAACUGUAACGGGGUUACUUCCUUUCCAUCAUCCGCCCUACAUUCCAAAACUAUCCGCCAAACCGUUCUGCCUUCUCGCCCCACCUCUUUCGAACCGCGGACCUUUUAUCGCUGUGUUUACCCGUCGUGCAGGAUGGCUAGAAAUGCGAAUGAGCCCAGCGACGAUUCGUCGGACAGGAGGACCGAUGCGGCGGACGAGCCGAAGAAGAAGGAGAAGAGUCGGAGACCAGCGAAUACGGCGUUUAGACAGCAGAGGUUGAAGGCAUGGCAACCGAUCCUGACGCCCAAAACCGUUCUUCCACUCUUCUUCAUUGUCGGCAUCAUAUUUGCUCCUAUUGGGGGCCUGCUGAUCUGGGCGAGCUCGACGGUUCAAGAGGUUUCGAUUGAUUAUUCGAAUUGCGUCCGAGACGCACCUGACAUCUCGUCGAAUCCAAACGACCCAAAUGCGCUUAGCGAUAUCCCUAGUAAUCUGGCCUCGAGUUCGUUCAAGACGGCGCUCGUCAGUGGCCAGGCUUCUACGUGGGGACGAUACAACAAGACCUUUCAGUACCCGCUUACCAGGGGCGGGCGCGCGAUUGAGAACACGCCUAUGUGUGUGCUGGAGUUUUAUGUGCCGAAUGACAUUGGUGGACCGGUGUUUCUGUACUAUCGACUGACCAACUUCUACCAAAACCAUCGCCGAUACGUUUCGUCUCUCGAUGUCGACCAGCUUAACGGCAAGUUUCGCGACAACGGCACCAUUGGCGGCAGCGACUGCGAUCCGCUCAAGGCUGAUGGCAACGGGACGGCGUACUAUCCCUGCGGGCUGAUUGCCAAUUCUCUGUUCAACGACACGAUUAAUCAGCCUUACAAGGUGGAUGAUAACAAUAACAUCUACGGCAUGACGGAGAACGGUAUCGCAUGGGGCAGCGAUGCUGAUCUAUACGGCGACACUGCAUACAAGGCCGAUCAGGUUGUGCCGCCACCGAACUGGCAACCGAGAUACGAGAACGGGAGGUACAACGACUCGACUCUGCCCAAUCUACACACCGACUAUGCGUUCCAGGUCUGGAUGAGGACUGCCGGUCUACCUGCCUUCAGCAAACUUGCGCUGAGGAACGACAACGAGGCCAUGAAACUGGGACGCUACCGCAUCGAAAUCGCCUCAGUAUUCCCCGUGACCACAUACGGCGGGACAAAGUCAAUCCUUCUAUCGACAAGAACGGUAAUGGGCGGCAAGAACCCGUUCCUUGGCAUCGCCUACGUCGUCGUCGGCGGCCUCUGCAUCCUGCUCGGGGCCGUCUUCACGGCCACCCAUCUCAUCAAGCCAAGGAAACUCGGCGACCACACUUAUCUGACGUGGAACAACGACCAGCCCAGCGCUGCCACUACUACUACGGUGGGCGAGCGCGCGCGAGCCGGCGCGUGAUUGUGUUUAUUUAGCUGCAGACAGAACAGAACAGAACAUACACACAGACACACAGACACUCAAAACAUUGUGUUUUUUUUUCUUUCCCACCCUCCUCCUACCUACCUUAACACAUGGCGUUUUUUUCAUACCUGGCUUGCGAUACAUUAACUUGUUUACCUUACUCCGUUGAACUGGACUGAAUUGAACUGAAUCUGAAUCUGAACUUGAGCUGAAUUGAACUGAGCUGAACUGAAAACUGAAAACUCUUUCCAACAACCCGAACCGGACGGCGCAUUUUGGUUUGGGGGGUUACGACGCGGGGGGGCUUGUCAAUUUUUCAUUGUUCUUUGUAUUCAUGCCCGGUUUUUUUUUGCUUUGGUGGCUUGGGAUUUUUUUUUUU